AUGGCCGCCUUCAGCUUCCCGCCACGCCCCCUUUGUGCCGCCGCCGCACUUGCAUUCGGGCUCGCGAGUGCGCGGCUCGCCUCCGCCUUCGACGGCAGCCGAUUCGACAAUGUGGCGAUAUAUUGGGGUCAGAACUCGUACGGGGCCACACACUCGGACGUCGCGAACUACCAGAAGACGCUCUCGUUCUACUGCCAGGAUGACUCGAUAGACGUCAUCCCCGUUGCGUUCAUCAGCACCUUCUUCGGGACAGGCGGUGCCCCGGUGCUCGACCUUGCCAACAUCUGCAACCCGAAGGACAACGCGACGUUCGCCGGCACUGGGCUCGUGAACUGCGCCUCGGUCGCUUCCGACGUCAAGACGUGCCAGAGCAAGGGCAAGGCCGUCACCCUCUCCCUCGGUGGCGGGGGCGCCUCCGUCGGCUUUCAGUCCGACAGUCAGGCCGAGAGCUUCGCCGACACCAUCUGGAACGACUUCCUCGGUGGCUCGAGCUCCACCCGUCCGUUUGCCGACGCCGUUCUCGACGGCGUCGACCUCGACAUCGAGGGAGGCGGCACCACGGGUUACGUCGCGUUUGUGAACCGUCUCCGCUCUUACUUCAGCUCUGCUAGCAAGAAAUACUACAUCACCGGUGCUCCCCAAUGCGUAUACCCCGACGCAUCUCUCGGCAGCACCCUAAACUCCGUCGCCUUCGACGCCGUUUACGUCCAGUUCUACAACAACCCCUGCGGACUGAACGUUUACAACAGCUCGAACGGCUUUAAUUUUGGUCUCUGGGACAUCUGGGCGAGGAGCAGUCCAAACCCGAACGUCAAGGUCUACGUCGGCGCGCCCGCGUCAUCAACCGCCGCGGGCUCCGGAUACGUGGAUCCGUCGACCCUGGCCACGAUCCUCGCGAAGACCCGGGACCGGUUCCCCUCUUUCGGAGGGGUUAUGAUGUGGGAUGCCUCGCAGGCGUAUGCGAACAACCGGUACGACGCGGCAGCCAAGAGUGCGCUAGUCGCCGCCGGGGGCACUGGCUUCGAGUUCCCUGCAUGCUCUGCGGUGGCCUGGUCGGCUAGCGGCACCUACCCUGGUGGGAGCCAGGUCUCUUACAACGGUUACAUAUGGCAGGCGAAGUGGUAUGCCUCCGGUGCGCCCAAGGCGGACAUGAACGGCGACUGGCAGCCUAUCAGCGCCUGCGCAGGAAACGCGCCCUCGAGCACAACCACCAGCGCGGGGAGCGCGCCGACGUCGGGCACCGGCAACUGCGCGGGUGUCGCCGCCUGGGACUCCUCGAUCGCGUACAACGGCGGCCAGCAGGUGACCUACAACGGCCACCUGUGGACGGCGAAGUGGUGGACGCAGGACGAGACGCCGAGCAGCACGAGCGACGUCUGGACCGACUCCGGCGCGUGCAAGACCUCGGGCAAGGAGCAGAGCGCUAGCGCCAGCGCCGAGGCCACCAGCAAGACCGACUCCGCGACCGCACGGCCGCUCAAGUCGUCUCGCUUCUUCCGCCUCUGA